AUGCCGUGGAAUGAGAUGCUGGGGUGCCUGUCCUUGCUGGUGACGGUCCAGCACACAGAGCGCUAUGUCACACUGUUUGCCUCCAUCGUCCUUAAAUGUGACUACACCACCUCUGCCCAGCUCCAGGAUGUCGUAGUGACGUGGCGCUUCAAGUCCUUCUGCAAGGACCCCAUCUUUGACUACUACUCUGCAUCAUACCAGGCGGCUUUAUCCCUGGGCCAGGACCCAUCCAAUGACUGCAACGACAGUCAGCGGGAGGUUCGCAUCGUGGCUCAGAGGCGGGGGCAGAAUGAGCCCGUGCUGGGGGUGGAUUACCGGCAGCGCAAGAUCACCAUCCAGAACCGAGCAGAUCUGGUGAUUAAUGAAGUGAUGUGGUGGGACCAUGGAGUGUAUUAUUGCACCAUUGAGGCUCCCGGGGACACGUCAGGAGACCCAGAUAAGGAGGUGAAGCUCAUUGUCCUGCACUGGCUGACAGUGAUCUUCAUCAUUCUGGGAGCCCUCCUCCUGCUCCUGCUGAUCGGGGUGUGCUGGUGCCAGAGCUGUCCUCAGCAUUGCUGCUGCUACAUCCGCUGCCCCUGCUGCCCUGCCCGCUGCUGCUGCCCCGAGGAAGCCCUGGCCCGCCACCGCUACCUGAAGCAGGCUCGGGCCUUAGGCCCUCAGAUGAUGGAAAAACCCCUAUACUGGGGGGCGGACAGGAGCUCUCAGGUUUCAUCUUAUCCAAUGAACCCGCUGCUGCAGCGAGAUUUGUCCCUGCGAUCCAGCCUCCCACAGAUGCCAAUGACCCAGACCGCCGCUCACCCUCCCAUCGCCAAUGGUGUCUUAGAGUAUUUGGAGAAAGAGCUGCAGAACCUCAAUCCAGCCCAGCCUCUGCCCCCUGACCUUAAAGCCAUAUCUGGCCAAGCCUGCAGCAUGCUGUCCUCCCUGGGCUCUGAGGUUGUGGAGCGCAGAAUCAUCCACCUGCCCCCACUGAUCAGAGACCUGCCGUCCUCACAGAGGACCGGCAACUCCUCCCGCCAGGAGUGGCUCACCGCAAUUCCCCCUGGACCCUGGGAUCCGAGGGAGGGGAGAAGGCAGGCCCACUACUCUGAUUUCCACCAGGAGCUUCAGGACCGGGAGCCUAAGCGCUGGGCAUUGGAGGGACGGGAGCUGAACCGACUUCAGAGGGGAAGGCACCACCGCUCCCGGCUGCACGGGUCACCCGCGCCCUGGUCAGACAGGGACAGCCUCAGUGACGGCCCCUCAUCAAGUGAGGCCCGCUGGCGGCCCGACCACGCACCUCUCCGGAGCCGCUAUCCAGACCGACCCCGCAGGCCCAGCCCCCGGGAGAAUGCCCAGAGGCACCCGCGGCGCAGGCACCGCAGCUAUUCCCCUCCCUUGCCUUCGGGCCUCAGUUCCUGGAGCUCUGAGGAGGAUGAGAAGGAGAGGCGGCCCCGGAGCUGGGGAACCCACCGCCGCCGCAGCUCAUACUCCUCAAACUGGCCUGAGGAGAAGCCACCCAGCUACCGGUCACUGGAUGUCAUGCCAGGCAAGAAUGGCAGGAAGAAAGGGAGUGUGGAGAGGCGCUCGGAGAGAGGCAGCUCCCAUAGUGGAAGGAGUGUGGUCAUUUAG